AUGGGCCGCCUCUUCGCCAUCUCCGUGGCCGUGUUGGCGGCGACGGGGUCAUUCCUGUUCGGAUAUGACUCCGGUGUGAUGACGGACGUGAUUCAGUCACCCAAUUUCUUGAGGUAUUUCAAUACCACGCAAACAUCGGCCAUCAUCGGCGCGAUCAACAGCACCUAUUCGGGUGGAGCGGCAAUCGGGUCUCUCCAAGGCGGCCUGACCAUGGAUCGUUUCGGCCGCAAGUUCACCAUCCAAAUGGGUGCUUUGAUCUGCCUGAUCGGUGCCACUUUGCAGGCCGCAGCGCAGAAUCUUGCCAUGAUCCUCACCGGUCGUAUUCUGGCCGGCUGGGCUGUCGGCCUGCUGUCCAUGUCAGUACCGGUCUAUCAAGCCGAGUGUGCACACCCGCGGUCCCGGGGCAUGAUGGUUGGAAUGGCGCAGCAGAUGAUAGGCGUGGGAUUCAUUGUGAGCACAUGGGUGGGGUACGGGUCUCUUCAUGCGCCGAACACUAGCCAACUUCAGUGGCGCUUCCCGCUCGCCUUCCAGGUCGUCCCAGCGCUGGUCCUGGGAAUUGGCAUGAUGUUUGUGCCCGAGUCCCCGCGGCACCUGAUUGAGAAGCAGCAGUAUGAUGAGGCUUGGUGCGUUCUACAAAAACUGCACUUCGACGGUAGCAAUGACGCCUGGAUCCAUCGCGAGUACACUGAGAUCCGGGCCACGAUCGAGGCCGAAAAAGCUCUCGAAACGCCGGGAUGGGGGCCCAUGUUUACUGUUCCGCAAUGGCGGACCCGCCUGCUUCACGGCGUCGCCGUCCAAGCAUUCACCCAGAUGACUGGGAUCAACGUGAUAGGCUACUACCAGACGAUCAUGUACAAGGCUCUCGGCAUAACAGGCCACCGCAACACAUUAGUAGCGGGCCUGUACAACUGCGUUGGCCCGAUUACCAACCUGAUCUUCAUUGUGUUUCUGCUGGACCGCGUGGGACGCCGCAAACCCAUGCUAUUUGGCUCGAUCACCAUCUCGCUCGCCCUGAUCUGCGAGGCAGCCCUUAAUUCACAGAACCCGAACGGCCAGCGGCUCGGGUACAGUAUUGGCGGUGUGUUUUUCUUGUUCCUCGUGUCAGUGUUGUUCUCGCUGUCAUUUGGGCCUUGCAGCUGGGUGUACAUGGCCGAAGUGAUGCCGAUGCAGAUUCGGGGUAAAGGGAACGCCUUCGCCGUAGGGAUUGGCAAUUGGGCAGUCAGUACUCUGUGGAACCAGGUAUCGCCCAUUGCGCUUGGCAAGAUUGAAUGGAAGUUUUACUUUGUGUUUGUCGCGUGGAACCUCUGCGUCUCCCUACCGGUUAUUUACUUCUUUUUUCAGGAAACCAAGCAGAAAUCACUCGAGGAGAUUGAUCUAUUGUUCGGUGGGAGAGCUCUAGGCACAUUACCGGAGGAGGUGGGAGUGGCAUUGCGAGACGAAAAGGAACAGGCCUCAGUCCUGCCGGUGGAGGAUGCGAGCUAUUCCGCAUAA